GUAAAAAUUAUCUCUACAAUUGGUGUGACAGCAGGAAAAGCAAACACUGUUUUGUAAAGAUUAUUAUAAAAAAUGACAUAUAUGUUUGCAUAUAGGAUAUCUUAAUGUUUCGUGAGACAAAUUUUGUGACAGCUACAAGUCGUUUCUGCAUUCUUCAGCCCAGAAAGGAGAUUUUGUGAAGGACAGGAGGGGAGAAAAUGGCAGCUGCAAGUAGCAAUGAGUUUCAGGAAUCUGCUUUAAUGACAGAAAAUCAAGAAUCACAAAAGAAUGGAUUAGAAAAAAAACUGCUGCAAAAAAACAAACACAUUGAGGACGAACAGAAUAAUCAAAAGGAGCAAAAAGAGAGACCGCGGGAGAAAGCAGUCAAGGAGCUGGAAACCAGUAAACAUCAGAUAGAGGAAAAACAUGAACCAGACCAACAGCUGAGGAAUUCAGGUGGAGUCAAACUGUUCUCCAUGUUGACUGGAAAAACAAAUAACUCUCAUAAAAGUUUUGUUUACUCUCUGAUGAACCGAGUUGAAGAUCUGAGAGAAGUUCCUAAGGUGGAUGGGAGUAACAUUGUUUUGGUUUUCUGUCCUAUUGUUUCUCGAGCUGGAACUGAUAUUGAAGCAGCAAUGAAAAUAUUUACUGACUCUACAGCAUCUAAAUUGAAAGUUCUGGUGGUGCUACAUCACACAUUUGAACAAGAGAAAACUGUACCAGAAAGCAGCAGAUGUGUCAACAGGACAGAUAUACUGACAGUAGACUGUCUGUUCUAUGAAGACACAGGAUUACUAAAGUGUCAGAGAAAUAAUGAUGCAAUAGACAAGGUUGUUGAUUGGUUAAUAGAGCAGGGGAAGACAACAGGUGUUGAAGUAUGUCAAUGUCAAAAUAGAUUAAAGGGAUUAACAUCAAGGAAAAGAUCACACAAGUCUGUGCAGGAGGAAGGUCAAUCUGAGAUAGUGGAUUUUAAAAAGAGCAAAAGUAAUGAGCCAGAGAUUUGUACAGAGGACGUCAAAGUUUGCAUUAUUUCGAGUGGAAAUACGAAUGAGUCUCACAUAAAAUUUUUCAACACUCUGAGUGCCCGCAUUAAAUCUCUGAAGGAAGUUCCUACAGUAGAUGAGAGUCACGUUGUUUUGGUUUUCUGUCCUGUUGUGUCUCGAGCUGGAACUGAUAUAGAAGCAGCACUGAAGAUAUUUGACGACUCCACAGCCUCUAAGAUGGUGGUUCUAGUGGUGCUACAUCACACAUUUGAACAAGAGAAAACUGUACCAGACAGCAGCAGAUGUGUCAACAGGACAGAUAUACUGACAGUGGACUGUCUGUUCUAUGAAGACACGGGAUUACUGGAGUGUCAGAAAAAUGAUGAGGCUAUCGACAAAGUUGUGAACUGGUUAAUACAGCAGGGAGAGACAGCGGGAGUUAAAGUUUGUCCAUGUCAAAGCAUAUUUCAGCAGAGCAUUACGUUGGCCAGAUUUUACACAGGUAAACACACUUGCUCAAUACUGAAAUCUAUAUGUAGGUAUAUUACACAACAUAAAAUAAAAAUAAAAGUUUUGUGAGGUCAUAGUUUGGGUUGAGAAGUAAUGUGAAUAGUGUAAGGAUAUCACUUACUGUAAAACGUCAAAGAUAUAAAAUUGUAAUUCUGUGUUGCUAGCAGUGUAUUGUGUGUUUCUAAACAGAUGAAGGGGGAGUCUUAGUGUUCUAAUAUGUAUUUAUUUACAGUAUACAAGUAUUUGAAACUGUUAUGGUUCUGUUUUGUUCUUUUUUGGUUUUGUUUAAGUUUCAUUAUGUUCCUUAGUUUCUCUGUUCAUUGAUUAAUUUGAUUCCAUUAUAAGUUCUUCUUAUUAUGUUAAUUAGCCCCUCCUCUGUUUCCUUGAUUGCCCUUUUAUUACUUUUCCUGCUGCAUACUGUACGUCCUUUGGCUGUUCUGGUUUUGUUUUGGUCAGUGUGCCUGUUUUGUUUCUCCAGUGUUCCUGGGUUUCUGCAGUCAAAAAUACUAGAUUUUAGGUUUACCUUUCUUCCUUUUCUUGUGGAUUAUACACACAGCUGUUACAGAAACAAACUCCAUACAGAUUUGUGUUGCUUGGCAGAGGAAACACUGAGUUCCCGCAAUGGCCGAGUAUACAAAAGUAUUACGAAUCUAAUUUGUUAUAAUGAUGCUGUAAUUUUUCUCCACAGUGGAUGAAACCAGGAUAUUCAAGGGGUAAUCAUUAAGGAUGGUUUCACAGAAUAACAUGGAGGUUUAGGAAUUAUCUUUUGUUACACCAUCAUUCAGAAGAUCCUGUGACUGACAGCUAUAUGUAAAUCAACUCAUGCUGAGAUGUCAACACAUAUUAGCUGCUUGUUGUGAUUCACACAUGGCAUUGUGUUCACGUGACUUAAUUGGUAGCAGUGCAAAAGGUUGUGGGUUCAAAUCCCAGGGAACACACAAAGCCUAAUCGAAAAAUGUAUGAAUUGAUUACACUGUAAUUUAGGAUAAAAGUGUCUGUCAAAUGUGUUAAUAAAAAUAGUGCUAAAAUUGUCAAAGGUAUUUGGUUGAAUUACUCCUUACGUGAUUGUACUUUAAGUAGUCUAUUCAUUUA